CAAAUCAGAACCCAUCAAAAUGCUAGUAGUACAACCCUUCUCCUCCGCCUCUCACUCUCACCGCCCUUUCCCGGGUCGACCCGGAUUUCAAUCCGGACCCCCACGACAUCUGCCAGCACGAGCCGUCCCCACGAUUCUGGCCUAUAAAACCCCCCUCCUCUCUCCUCCGACACUCUCUUUCGUCCUCCUCUUCCAGCACCCCUCUGCGACCUCGAUAACACCCACAGCCCGAUCCCGACCCGCCGGAGCCAGACAGACAUAAACGAGAAGCGGGGGCAACGGCAUUUUCGGGGCGAGGGUGGAGGGAGAAAGCGACGGUUCGAAGGAUAUGGCGGUAAUGGUGGACAACUACGUCGCGGGCACCCUCUUGGCGUUUCUCUUGGGGUUCGUUGUUGUGUACAUUUUGAGGCGCAAAACGACGGCGGAGAAGGAUGAAAGGGCAGAGGGAAGAGCGGAGGGUGGUGGGUUUGAUGAGAUCCAAAAUGAUUGCGUCCGGAGCUCUACCAACGGAGAGGUCCGGCCCGAGGGAGGACCCGAGACUGAUGUCGUCAUCGUCGGAGCAGGGGUCGCCGGCGCUGCCCUCGCUCACACCCUCGGCGAGGAAGGACGGAGAGUUCAUGUAAUUGAAAGAGAUUUGACGGAGCCCGACAGAAUUGUUGGUGAACUUUUACAGCCUGGAGGAUACCUAAAGCUAAUUGAAUUGGGCCUUCAGGAUUGUGUGGAGGAAAUUGAUGCCCAGAGGGUGUUGGGAUAUGCUCUUUUCAAAGAUGGGAGAAAUACUAGGCUUUCGUAUCCUUUGGAAAAGUUUCAUUCCGAUGUGGCUGGGAGAAGCUUCCACAAUGGUCGGUUCAUACAAAGGAUGAGAGAUAAAGCCGCUGCCCUUCCGAAUGUGCGACUAGAACAAGGAACUGUAACAUCCCUACUUGAGGAAAACGGAAUAAUUAAGGGGGUUCAGUAUAAAACAAAGACCGGUGAAGAAAUUAGAUCAUAUGCUCCUCUUACAAUUGUUUGCGACGGAUGCUUCUCAAAUUUACGCCGUUCUCUUUGCAAACCUAUGGUAGAUGUGCCCUCUUGCUUUGUUGGCUUGGUCUUAGAGAACUGUAACCUUCCAUUCCCAAAUCACGGGCACGUUAUUUUAGCAGAUCCCUCACCCAUUUUAUUCUAUCCAAUAAGUAGUACAGAGAUUCGUUGUUUGGUUGAUGUACCCGGCAAAAAGAUCCCUUCUAUUGCUAACGGUGAAUUGGCGAACUAUUUAAAGACUGCCGUCGCUCCCCAGGUUCCACCUGAGCUGCACAAAGCAUUCUUAGCUGCAAUUGACAAAGGAAAUAUUAGAACAAUGCCCAAUAGAAGUAUGCCGGCUGCUCCCUACCCUACACCUGGAGCACUUUUAAUGGGUGAUGCUUUCAACAUGCGGCAUCCUUUAACUGGAGGAGGAAUGACCGUUGCUCUGUCUGAUAUUGUUGUUCUGCGGGAUCUGCUUAAGCCUCUGCGUGACCUCAAUGAUUCAGCUUCAUUGUGUAAAUAUCUGGAAUCGUUUUACACGCUGCGCAAGCCUGUGGCAUCCACUAUAAAUACUUUGGCUGGAGCCCUAUACAAAGUGUUUUGUGCCUCUCCUGAUCAAGCAAGAAAGGAAAUGCGUGAAGCAUGUUUUGAUUAUUUAAGCCUUGGAGGAGUGUGUUCAACUGGACCUGUGGCCCUACUCUCUGGGCUAAACCCUCGACCAUUGAGCUUGGUACUCCAUUUCUUUGCUGUGGCUAUUUAUGGUGUUGGUCGUCUCUUAAUUCCGUUUCCUUCCCCUAAACGCUUGUGGAUCGGAGCUAGGUUAAUUUCGGGUGCAUCCGGUAUCAUAUUUCCGAUAAUAAAGGCCGAAGGGGUGAGGCAAAUGUUCUUCCCUGCAACUGUCCCAGCCUAUUAUAGGGCGCCGCCUGUUGAAUGAAAUAAGUUUUUUGCUCCACGGCCUUAAAGAUCACAUUUAACUGACUGCCUUCCUAGUUCUGGAUUUUCCUUUUAAAUGUAAUAAUAAAUCUCCAUUCUUUAUGUUAGUAAUACUAUUCAUAA